AUGAGCUCCCCCGGCUCCGAGAACGCGGGGAAGAGCCUGCAGUACCGAGUGGACCACCUGCUGAGCGCCGUGGAGAGCGAGCUGCAGGCGGGCAGCGAGAAGGGCGACCCCACGGAGCGCGAGCUGCGCGUGGGCCUCGAGGAGAGCGAGCUGUGGCUGCGCUUCAAGGAGCUCACCAACGAGAUGAUCGUGACCAAGAACGGCAGGAGGAUGUUCCCGGUGCUGAAGGUGAACGUGUCUGGCCUGGACCCCAACGCCAUGUACUCCUUCUUGCUGGACUUCGUGGCUGCCGACAACCACCGCUGGAAGUAUGUGAACGGAGAGUGGGUCCCGGGGGGCAAGCCAGAGCCUCAGGCGCCCAGCUGCGUCUACAUCCACCCCGACUCGCCCAACUUCGGGGCCCACUGGAUGAAGGCGCCCGUCUCCUUCAGCAAAGUCAAGCUCACCAACAAGCUGAACGGAGGGGGUCAGAUCAUGUUGAACUCCUUACACAAGUACGAGCCUCGGAUCCACAUAGUGAGAGUUGGGGGCGCACAGCGCAUGAUCACCAGCCACUGCUUCCCAGAGACCCAGUUCAUCGCAGUGACCGCUUAUCAGAACGAGGAGAUCACAGCUCUUAAAAUUAAAUACAAUCCAUUUGCAAAAGCUUUCCUUGAUGCGAAGGAAAGAAGUGAUCACAAAGAUAUGAUGGAAGAACCUGGAGACAGCCAGCAGUCUGGGUACUCCCAAUCAGGGGGGUGGCUCAUCCCUGGAACCAGCAGCCUGUGCCCACCUGCCACCCCCCACCCUCAGUUCGGAGGGCCCCUCUCACUUCCCUCUACGCACGGCUGUGAAAGGUACCCCGCCCUGAGGAACCACCGGCCAUCCCCCUACCCCAGCCCUUACACACAUCGGAAUAAUUCUCCAACCUAUUCUGACAAUCCAUCUGCAUGUUUGUCCAUGCUCCAAUCCCAUGACAGUUGGCCCAGCCUUGGGACGCCUGCCCAUACCAGCAUGCUCCCCAUGAGCCACAGCGCCGGCCCACCCACCGGCUCUAGCCAGUACCCCAGCCUGUGGUCUGUGAGCAACGGCACCAUCACGCCUGGGGCUCAGACGGCGGCGACGUCCAACGGGCUGGGGGCGCAGUUCUUUCGGGGCUCCCCCUCGCAUGCUGCGCCUCUCACCCACCCGGCCCAGGCAUCCUCCUCCGGAUCCCCGCUGUACGAAGGGGCCCCCACGGCCACAGACAUUCCCGACAGCCAGUACGAUGCGUCGGCCCAAGCCCGCCUCAUAGCCUCGUGGACGCCCGUGUCACCACCUUCCAUGUGAAGCAAGGCCUGUGUUGUAACAGACGCAGGGCUUCUGUGUGGGGCCUCCAGUGUGGAUUUGGUUGAUCCCCGGGUACAAAGUGGCAGCUCAUGGGUCCAGGAAAGGAAACAGGCCCUAUCACCCUCCCUGUAACAUAAGAGGGAUCCGUGCUCUCCUGUCCCUCAGGAGUGCGUGCCCACCGUCUGGGGCCACCGAUGCCCCGCAGGCAAAUUGGGCCUGGAAGCGAUGCGGUCGGCCAGACUUACCACGAUUCACAAUAAAAAUGAUUUGCUAGGGUCCAGAAACUUUUGUUUGUUUCUCCUACGGCCCAUGGGUGACUUGGCACAUCGGAGUCCGUAAACCCCACCAGUCCUACAUGAGCAAGAGAAAAAGCACAGUUAAUUUUCUUCCUUGUUGCUUGGGGAUGGUUUCCAGGCCCUUUGUGGCGCCUGCCACAGUGGGUGCUGCGCUGUGAAGGACAGAAGCCUGUCAAAGCUGAGGACAGCAGAUUGUAGUAGAAAUGCAGAUUUGCCUGCUCUGCCCACUAGAAUGUGUUUAUUUUGAGCAUAGGUAGUUA